AGUACAGCUGUAUGUCUGUCAUAAGUAUUAGGGCCGACUAAUCUGAUAGAGAAGAGUUGGCCUCACACAAACUAAUGUCGUAUCCAGAUGUCGACACCAUUCCGCCGUCAACGCGAAUCGGACCAAAAACAAAAGUUGCCGGAAGUGACAGCUUCGAAUAAAAUAAAGAACGAGUAAUGUUUGUUGUGAUUUUGAGAGGAUAAUAAUUAUCCUUAUUAUUGCACAAUUUAUUUGAAGUUCAAACCUGUUCAAUGUGGGCAGAAUAACGUUUUAUAGAAAGUUAAUUUGCCUCUAAUUCACAUUAGAAAUAUUGAAAGCGCAUCUUUCUUCACUACCAGAACGACACAACGAACAUCUGGACGAUAACUUUGCAAGUGAUCCCAAGUCAUUACAUUACAAAACGAUCGAGUGUGGAUUUAUUAUUUCUGUAUUGAGAAAAGAAAUGACGGAAGAAGUUUGUCUCACCUGUACUAAGCUCACCGCACCGGAUCAAUUGGUAAUGGUCAAUGACAAUAAGGUAGCUCUGACAGCACUCUCCAAGCAUUUUUGGUUCAGCAAGGACGAAAUUCAGAACAGUAUUCUCUGCUGGUCCUGCUGGGGUAAAAUAGACGAUUUUCGACAGUUUUAUUGUGAAGUCGAGCGGAUACACACAUCUCGUUUCCCUGCUGUCCAGGGCGAGUUUGUGGAGGUGAAACAAGAGCACUAUAUUGAAGACCUAGCUGGACAGGAUAGUACCACAAUUGAUGAUACUCAGAAUGACACAGUUGGGGAGCAAAAGUGUUCCAACGUUAAGGAGGAAAUGCUUCAGGUUGACCAAAAGUUUCUUUUCGAUGAUGAGGCCGAUGGUGACGGAGGCGCUGAUCGGUGGUCGGAUGGAGGUGAAAUGUGUUCGUCUGUGAACGAGCCUGAAAUAAAAAUAGAAUUAUCAGGAAGAAAUUCGACUCCGCAGAAAAGAAAAAAAGGAACGCGUCCGGGGCAAAGUUGGCGGAAGAACCUCAAUAGUGAGCAAUUUAUCGCGGAGAACGUCAACAUCGAAUGUGACACGUGCGCAGAGAAGUAUGAAACCUUUCAGCAGCUACAGCAACAUUCACUGGAAAAACAUCAGAAGCGGGCCUACGUGUUCUGUUGUGACCAUAAGUUCAGUAGGAAGCCCCGGUUGAUCGAUCACAUCCAAUUCCAUUUGAAUCCGCUGCAGUUUCAGUGCGAUAUUUGUUCGAAAUCGUUUCGACACAGCGAGGCACUGAAGUACCACAAGGACAAGCUGCACAGUGGGGAAGAGAAAACUCUACAGUGCAGCAUGUGUCCGAAAACAUUUUCAAAGCAAAAAUUUCUUAAGAUCCACGAAAAGUACCACCGUAAGUUGGAUGAGAAAAAUUGGCACUGUGCGACCUGUGAUAGAUAUUUCGCUUACGAGUCUUUCCUCCGGCAACACAAUCGGACAGCACAUCCUAACGAAUAUAAGUUUGUGUGCCAUGUAUGUGCAAGGGGCUUCUACGUACGGUCGUCGUACGUUGCUCAUAUGGAGUUACACGAUGAAAAUUUGAAGCGAAAUAAGCCUCCAGAUGAGCGAGUUCAGUGCUCAGAGUGUGGAAGUUGGGUAUACAAGAAGGGUUUGCGAAAGCACAUGCUCUGUCACACGGGUACCCAAACGUGUGACCAUUGUGGCAAGGAGUGUAAGAGCGUAAUGGCAUUAAGAUAUCAUAAGGCACAACAUCGGAUGGGUGAUUUCAACUGCUCGCUUUGCGGAAAAGCUUUCAAACGACAGCGCACGUUGAAGGAACACAUGGCCUCUCACACUGGCGAAGUACUGUACCAAUGUGACUUCUGUGAGAAAACAUUCAAUUCCCAUGCAAAUCAUGCUUCGCACAGGAAAAAGGUGCAUCCGAAGGAAUGGUUGGAAGACAAGAAGCAAAAAAAUCCCGAACACCUGAAUGAAGGAAGUUCAACAACUGCCGUAGUAAUCUCAUGAAGAAUACCAGCAAAAUUUCGUCUAGAUGACAUUCUCCAUUUGAAAAUGAUAGAUAUGAAAUGUAUAUCGACUCACGCCUUGACCCACGAGCAUCUCCGAAAUAAUCCGAUCAGCUGAGAGAGCCGAGACGUCUCCUUGGGGUCUAUUCCGAGAGUCGCU